GUGGGUUCUGCUCUUUCCGAUGACGCAGGACAAUCUGGGUCGAUAGAAAAUGUUGGUCUGGACGAAGCUGUCGAUGGUCAUGGACAUGGGACAUUUGUGGCCGGUGUAAUAGCCGCGACCGCUAGUUUCUCAAAAUCCCCCUCAGUGUUGGAAGUCCUGCUUCCAGCCAGACACAGUUCACGAUCUGAUUCGAGUUCGUGUCCCCCACCGGGUCUCGCUCCACAGGCGGAUCUCUACAUCUUUCGCGUGUUCACUGACGCUCAGGUUUCCUACACCUCGUGGUUUUUGGACGCGUUCAACUAUGCCAUUUCACGCGGACUACAU